CGAGCAGAUGUAUAAAAGGCGGCUGAGAACCCAGGAAAAAUCGUGUCCUUUUGUUGCAGCCUUCCUUCAUCCUCUCUGUGUCUCCGUUUCCAGUCAUUCCAGUCAUUCCAGCCCGAUAACGUCGAAAACUUCAGCGGAUUCGGUUCUCCUUCUCGCGGUUUUUACUUCUUCUCCCCAGCUAAACUCUUGGGCUUGUGAAGGAAAAAGUCCUAAUCAAGAUGAAGUUGUCGAGCUUCUGUACCGCUAUCGCACUUGCACUCCUCCCACUCGACGCCCUCGCAGCCAAUUGUUAUUUUUGUGAGAGGACCAAUGGCAGGAUUGGAGCCGUCAGCCCAACUUACACUUGUGGGAAGAAAUGCGGUUUGGAUAAUUAUGACACCACUUUCUCAACAUAUCAUUGCUGGAAAGAUGGGGAUGCAACCAAGUCGUGCUACAAAAAUUGCUGCAAAAAGGCAGGCAGGGAAUUGGGGGUUUUGAGAGGCAUGUGAGAAGGGUUCAGGAACUGGGUGCAGAGUACUAGUUACCAGUCAAUCACUUGAUAAAGGUAGAAUCAAGUUAGCCGAAAACGGGA